UGGUAGCUAAAUUGGGAGACAAAAAUGUGAUGGUGAUAUUAGACAACCAUGUGACCAAGCCAGGAUGGUGUUGUGGCUACGACGACGGCAACGGUUUCUUUGGCGACACUUUCUUUGACCCUGCCACGUGGAUCGCCGGUCUGACCAAGAUAGCCACGACUUUCAAAGGUACCUCGAAUGUCGUUGGCAUGAGCCUCAGAAACGAGCUUAGAGGACCUAAACAAAACGUCGACGCUUGGUUCAAGUACAUGCAACAAGGAGCCGAAGCAGUUCACGAAGCAAACCCUGAAGUACUUGUUAUCCUUUCUGGCCUCAGCUACGACACCGACCUCUCAUUUGUCCGAUCACGACCGGUGAACCUAACUUUUACUAGGAAACUCGUGUUCGAGAUCCAUCGAUACUCCUUCACUAACACAAACACAUGGAGUUCCAAAAACCCUAACGAGGCAUGCGGCGAGAUUCUGAAAAGCAUCGAGGACGGAGGCGGUUUCAAUCUCCGUGACUUCCCAGUGUUUCUUAGUGAGUUUGGAAUCGAUUUGAGAGGCAAAAACGUUAACGAUAAUAGGUAUAUCGGAUGUAUAUUAGGUUGGGCGGCGGAGAACGACGUAGAUUGGUCGAUUUGGACACUUCAAGGAAGUUAUUAUCUCAGAGAAGGUGUUGUUGGAAUGAGCGAGUAUUACGGUGUGUUGGACUCGGAUUGGGAUCGUGUUCGAAGCCGGAGUUUCUUGCAAAGGUUGUCUCUGAUUCAAUCCCCGCUUCAAGGACCGGGCUCUCAACCCAAAGUCUACAAUCUUGUUUUUCACCCGUUAACCGGACUUUGCAUGUUACAAAGUAUCUUAGAUCCAACCAAGGUCACUCUCGGUCUAUGUAAUGAAUCUCAACCAUGGAGCUACACUCCUGACAACACCCUGAGACUCAAAGACAAAUCUCUAUGCUUAGAGAGCACCGGGUCGAAUGCGCCGGUUAAGCUGAGUAAUAUGAGUUGCUCGAGCCCUAACUUGUCAAAAUGGCAGACUACAUCAGCCUCUAAUAUGCUAUUAGCUGCGAAGUAAAGCAAUAACUCGCUUUGUCUUGACGUGGAUGAAUCCAAUAACCUCAUGGCUAGUGACUGCAAGUGCGUGAAGGGUGAAGACACCUCGUGUGAUCCCACAAGCCAGUGGUUUAAGAUUGUCAAAGUUAGUAUAUAAUGAGGUUUAAUAUAGAUUAUAUCAUAUAUAAAUAACAUGCAGUAACCUCAUAAAGUUGUAAACUUCGUUUCUUAUAAGUUAAAUCUAAU